GAAAGUACAGUCUAGAACGGAAAAGUAACAUUUCAUCUUCCCUCCUGCGGCUUCUCUUCUCGCUCGUCUUGGGAACAUGAAUCAAAUAGCGGCUUUCGUACUUUUCGCGGUCCUUUCCACGUCUUCAGGGUACUCGAUUUUCGGCAAGAAAAACAACUGUCCCAAUCCUCACGACAUCCACCCGUGCUACUGUCUGGCCAGUAAGAAGCCUGUGGUUGUGUGCGAGGACGUCACUUCCCAGGACGAGUUCGUGGAGGUGAUGACGGUCGCCAAGAAGAAGCCGUUGGUCGGCGUUUCGCUGGAGUCCGUCUCCUUCAGGUAUAUUCCUGAAAAUGCUUUUGAAGGAACUCACAUUCAGUCCAUAAACAUAUCCGAUUCCAGGAUAUUGUCCCUCGGCGAGUCAGAGCACGCUUUUAAGGGCCUCGAAGACAGCCUCGUUUCCUUCAGAGUGAAGAACUGCUCGUACGCCAGUCAUUGGGAAUGGACUCUUCUGGAGAGACUCAUCACGCUUCAGGACUUGGAAAUUUCCAAAUCUCAUUUGCCUGAAAUCUCAGAAGACUUCUUGAAACUCUCUAAAUUACCUUUAACAAAUAUUAACUUCCGGAGUAAUCAUAUUCGAUAUCUACCUGCUGAAGUAUUUGCUAGUUUCACCAAUUUGAAGCAUUUACAUUUGGAUGAAAAUAAGUUGAAAGUUUUUUCAAGAUCUAUGCUUCCCAAGCCCGCCCAGAAGUUCAGUGCACUAGGUCUCAGUAAGAAUCAAAUCCAAGAAUUACCUACAGACAUGUUCACUGAAAUGCCGAAUUUGAGAUACUUGUAUUUGGGAGGUAAUCCAAUCAUAAUACUUGAUGCUCAAACUUACCAACCUAUUUGGAAUCAACUCAAGAUAGUUUUCUUUAACGAUGCGAUCCACUGCGACUGCAGAUUAUCCUGGAUCGCCCAGAUGAAGCAGAAGCUUCGGCUGGUCCACGGAACUUGCGGCACGCCUGCAAACCUAAGAGGCAGAAAAAUAACUCAACUGAAAACAGAUGAACUUUUCUGCUAAGCUUGCUUGUAUGUUAAUAAAUUUUUGUGCAUUCUCAUUCAGAAAAUUCGUCAUUGGUGUACUUAGGAUGAAAUCAAAGAAAUUCAAAUGUACCAAUUAGGACCUUUAAUAAAAAGAGGAAUCAAAAUUUA